ACUCAUUAUAUUGUUUGUCAAACAAAACAUUUUUCAAAAGAAGUGGAUAUAUUUUUGUUAAAAUUUCAUAAAUUAAAUGUUUCAAAAUUGGAUAAUACCCGAGGAAAAAAUGCAAACCACCAUAAAAGAACUUUUAGAUGCUUUAGGAUGUAAUUUAGAAGCUGAUAUUGUAUUGGAUCAUCUUCAGAAUGAUCCUAAUUAUGGCAACAGUAACCUCUCUUCCAAGCAAGUGAAUGAAUACGCACAAAGACUAGCACUUAAGGCAACCAAUGCAAAAGCAUUUUUAAAAAAGUAUGAGGAGCUGAGACACCGCAACACUGAUUAUUUGCCAGACUUAAUUUACCUCUUUUAUAAAUUAGUUCACGAUGAGAAGAAGUCCAAAAUUUCCAAGCCAAAAGUGGCCCCUAAACCAGUUUUAGGUGACAACAAACACCAAAUCACCAAAGAAGACCUCCCACAGAUUAAAGAUAAACUAUUGAAAGCUGUAGAUGAGAGCAAAAAACUGGUCAUGAAAUCAUUUGAAGAGAAAGAAGUCAAAACGCUGCCUAACUGGUAUAAGAAUCUAGAUCUGCCCAAUUGGCAGAAGGAACAUCCUGCUAUGUCCUGGGAUUUUCCUAAAGAACAAUUACCUAUUAUUUCUUCUUUAGCUGGAAUCCCAGUGCUGUCUCAAGAAAAUAUAAUUAUAGAUGAACUAUUGUAUAUCUUCUCUGGAAUACCUGGAAAUUUCAUAGUCCACCAGCCUGUUAAAGACACGUAUGACCAUAGAACAUUCCUUAUUUCGGAUGACUUGGAUGAUGCUCUCAAGCAGAUAGUACAAGAGAUGUUGCCACUUGCGUCUAAUUAUUCUAUAGUGAGAAGGUUUAUAGAAAGUUGUGAUAUGUGGUCUGGUCAAGUGCUGCAUGCAUUAGUUGGUGCUAUCGAAAUCCUAUUGAAGGACUAUUAUACUAUGAUAGCCCAACUAGAGACGGAGCAUAUGUCUGCAAAUUUAACACUACAAAAGCUCUGGUAUUUCGUCUUGCCUACAAUGCGCACUAUGCAAGUCUUAGCCGCCAUUGUUACUAGCAUAGGAAAGAGUGAAUUAAGAGGUGGCGCAGUUUUAACAGUUCUGCACGAAAAGACCAGUAUCUUGAUGGGAGAUGCGCGAGCGCAGGAGAUAUCUCUGUUCCUCACUGAGCGAGCUUGUCGGCCCUACCUUAACAUCUUGGACCAGUGGAUACAUAAAGGGACUAUCGUUGAUCCGUUUCAGGAAUUUAUGAUAGAAGACAAUGAACUGAUCAACAAGGAAGAGUUGCCCGUAGACUACUCGGCCGACUACUGGGAGAAGCGCUACUGCGUGCAAAGGGACCGCGUUCCCAAGUUCUUAGACAAAUUCACUGAUAUCAUACUUAGGACUGGGAAAUAUUUGAAUGUUAUUAGCCAAUGUGGUAAAUCAAUAGCUAAGGCAAAUACAGAAGAAAUCAAGUACUCGCUCAGAGAACAAAACUAUGGUGCUAUUAUACAAAAGGCGUAUGCGUUCGCGAGCAAAUCUCUACUGGAACUACUAUUAAAGGAGUAUGACCUCAUGGGGCGACUGAAAUCGGUUAAGAACUACUUUCUGAUGAGUCAAGGGGACUUUAUAGUACAAUUCAUGGAUGCUACUGAACAGGAACUGUCCAAGAAGAUUGAUGAUAUUAUACCAUCCAAGUUGGAGUCGCUUUUAGGCCUGUGUCUUAGACUGUCGGCAGCUAGUCACGAUCCUUACAACGAAGACAUGAGGGUGGAGUUGCUGCCCUACGAUUUACAGUUCCAGAUGUUCAAAAUUCUCUCCAUCGAAACAGAGGAAGAAAAAGAGUACAAACAGAAGGACUGCUUACCGCUGACCGGCAUAGAGACGUUCUCGUUCGGCAUGGAAGUGAAGUGGCCAGUGUCGCUGAUCCUGAACCACAAGGCCAUCGCGUGCUACCAGAUGAUAUUCAGGCAUCUGUUCUUCUGCAAGCACGUCGAAAGGCUACUGUGCAGAGUAUGGCUAUACAACAAAGUGGUGAAGAGGUUCUCGGAAGCGCGGCUGUACGCGGACGCAUUCGCCUUGCGCCAGCGUAUGCUGAGCUGCGUGCAGCACUUGCAGUACUACAUGUGCGUCGAGGUCAUCGAGCCCUCUUGGUGCCAGCUCAUACAGAGCCUUGACAAGGUCAACAACGUAGACGAAGUCCUGGAGCGGCAUAACGACUUUCUGGAGUCGUGUCUCGGAGACUGUAUGCUGACGAGUCCACAGUUGCUAAAAGCGGUCACCACUCUCUGUUUAGUCUGUGUUCAGUUCUGCACAUUUAUACAGGAGAUGCACAAGUACUUCGUGGACGCAGAGCUUAACAGUAUGCUUGGGCCAACGUAUGACAAUUGUGAUUAUAGUGAGGCUGAAGGUUGCUGCGGCGGCACUACGGGCGGUUCAGCGGACUCGUUCUCUCAGUCAGUGUCUCGUUACGGACUGCGGUUCACGGCCGCGCUGCUGUCCGUGCUUGCGAUCAUCGACCAGAUGGCGCGCGACAAUAACACCAACAAGUUGCUCAACAUAUCCGCCAGAUUAAACUUCAACACGUACUACGUGAAGCAGUUGGAACGCUUCACGGAGGAGAAGCUGCUGGAAUCGUCCAAGAAAUCCUCCUAGCACAGACUGCCGCGCGUCACCGCGGUCUAACACGUGGCUCGAACAGUUGUUAACGGUGUAAUAUUAAUGAUUAACCUUAAAUAAUCAAUUGAACAUUGUAUUUUAGGAAACAAAAAUUAACACAGCUUUAUUAUAUUGGUGCAAAUUUUGCGUCGUUUAGCACAAAUUAAAUAAUAAUAAUUAAUUUUAAACACAUCUACACGGUCUUAUUGAUAAAAAUAUUAAAGCUUUCGCAUUAGGUCAAGUUUAUCAUAGCUUAGCAGUCUUGUGAAUUUGGUGUUAAAAGUUUAAUGUAAAGAGAGAUAUUUUAUUUAAGCGACCAAUAAUAAUAAUUAUAAUGUAGUGUUUCCAAAUCCACGCAGACAAAGCCGUGGGCAUUGUCUCGUAUCUUAAAAAACUUAAUACGUCCACAUACAUAUAACACUGAAACAUACCUAUCACAAACCUAAAUGUCACAUUGGAAUGUUAGAUGUUAUAAUGUAACUUAAUACUAAUGAUAGGUAAGUACCGCUGUUUAAGUUACAUAACCGUAUAACAUCUUUCAUGUAGUGUCGUCACUAAUGAAACUAGGUUAGUGAAUAAUGUUAUACUUAUAGUCCAGACCCAUCUUAAGCCGCGGAUACACCUGUAAGUUUACUCAAGUAAGUAGCUUACAUGAUUAACUUACGACAAAACUAAUGUAAACAGUACGUAAGCUACUUACUGUAGUCUGUAUAAUCCGAUCCGAAAAAUUGUGAUCACGUUUCAAUUCUCAAGAACACUGAUAUAAGUACAAAUUAUUAUUAUUAAAAUACUCGAUUUGAUAUUAUUUGAUUUGGUUACAGUCUGCGCGCCUGUCGAGUUUUUAUUUAAUUAAAUACUAGUGUUGUACUACAUUCAAAGUUAUCAAUAGUAAAACUUACUUGACAUUUCGUCAGUGAAGUUCUAACAGUGCGUAAAUCAUUUUUGGCGAGUGAAGAUAGUUCACCCGCUUUCAUUCGACCAACCAGAAUAAUAACUUCUUUUAUUUCGUUAAUAACUUUUUCAAAAAAUUAUGCAUCAAGGGUUGCUAAAGAAUAUUUUAUAAAGUAUUAACAACUCUCCUGUAGACUUUUUGACUUAUGCACUGAUAGAACAUCACUGGCGAUUUAUCGAUUAGGCUUCCUGCAUGUAUUUCAUAAACUGGGUUGACGCUCGCGCGAAUAGCUAUGUAGCAAUUAGCAAAUAGGUAGGUAUUAAAACCAUGUUAAAACAAAAUUAUAUUAUCAUUAUAGUCUAUUACAGGUAAGAAUGCCCCAAAUAUUUUACUAUAGUACCUACAAUAAGAUGCAUGUAUAUUUUUAAUAGAUUGAGUAUAAAGUACACCACUAGGUUUUAGAAAUUAAAGAUCUGAAUUUUUACUCUACUGAAAAUCUCCAGAGGGUGAUAGACAAUAGGCAUAAGUAAAUUGAAUUAGUAAUUUUUGUUCCUGUUCGCCACAGACACAUACUGACUGUUUUGUGUUUACUGAGAAGUUCUAAUAACGCUAAGAUUCAUGUAAGUUUUCCUACCCUAAUUUUGGGGUAGGUACCCUUAGAUACGGAUAGGGUAAUUUUGUUUUUGACGUAGUAUAUUAGGCACUAAUUGGCAUGUUUCUAAUCCAUAUACGUAUUACAUAUCCUAAUGUUGAUGUACCUUAGGGUACGGUAGGGUAAUAUUUCUUUUUAACCUAGUAUAGGCACAAAUUGGCAUGUAUAUUGGCAUGUAUAUUGGCAUGUAUAAUUUGGCGUCAGUUUUCCCUUCUACCUAUAAUAUGGGUACCUUCAAGUCAAGAGUGAAUAGGCAACUUCUAGGCAAGCGCGCUCCAUCUUAGGCUGCAUCAUCACUUGCUAGCAGGUCUGAUUGCAGCCAAGCGCUAGUCUAUAUAAUUUAAAAAAAAAUAUACCUGACCAUGACCCCAAAUGAUUUGCCAUCACUGCCGUAUCAGGUGAAUCUCAUGUAGGACGCGUCCAAACCAUAGAGUAAAGUAAUGUAAGGUCCAAACUAACAAGGGAAAAUCAUUCCGCCACGUUGGACGUCAUAGUUAAAAUAUAUAUUGAUUCAAUAAAUUUUCAAUGGAUUAUAAAGGACAAUUUUUUUGAAAAUUUUAAUCAAAAUAUUUUUCUAACGAGCACAUUACAAUAUGGUGAACAGUUUCCCUUACUCUGGACGCGUGUCUUAAUAAGCUAGUAAUUCUGUAAAACUUCAUAGCAUAGGCAUAAUAAGAGUUGCUUGAAAUAAAUUUUGUACAAGAUUUCUAUAAAAAAAUAUUACUUAAAUGGUUGACAAUUGGGAAAGAUGAGUAUCUACUAGAGAUUUUGAACUCUAACCUGCAAAAUGUUCGUAGCAUAGGCAUAUCAGUUGUGUGAUAGUAAAAUAUGAUUUGGAUUCGAAUUCGUGUAUCUUAAGAAAUGUACGACUAGGGAAAUUAGAUAGAGUAUCUAGUCCGAUAUUACAGUCAUUAAUGGUGCACAACAUAAUAUUAUGGGUGGAAAAGACAAGUUUUAAUAAAGCAAACUCAAGGCAUUAAAUUUUAAGAUUUUUAGAUUAAGAAUUGUCCUUAGGAUAUCAAUGUGUCUGUGGUUUAAUAAUAUAGAAUAACCUUGCCAUAACAAAACAAAGCGCCAUGACAGUAAUAGUAAUAUUGUAUGCAUGUAAUUAAUUCAUUGUUGUGAAUGUAGAAGUGUUGUGAAAAUCAUUUUGAUGAAAAUGUUUAAGUGGCUGUGCUAUAAAUAACAAUUCUUUUUGAUUGAUAUCUAUUAAACAAGUUUUAAUUCUGUAAAAUUGUCUGUACUAAUAAUUAUUUUAAAUUGCAAGCACUUAGCACUUAAUAUUUAAUAUAUUGUAAAGUUUUAAAGAGCGAUUUCUUAUCGCAGAUAACAACAGCUGAAGAAUACUUAUAUUUGACGUUUUGUUUUUGUAUGUAAAAUAGUUCAAAACUUUUUUCCAGUUCAUAGUUCAGCCCUAGAUUUAUAAUUGGCCAUUUAAUAUUUGUUUUUAUCUACCUACUUAUUCCUCGUUUUAUUCUGAUAGCCAAUAAAAAUGUAACGAU